UCGCGUUAAUUUUGUCAACUGUUAAUUUCCUUGCUCUUAAUUUCCAGUAUUUUAACCCCAAUUUUGGAACCUGUCCAGACAUUCUUGACACCUAAAAAACAUUAACUACAAGCUUCUUUCUUUCCAUUUACCCUUUAGUUUUCAUCUUUCACAAAAGCUAAGGCGAAGGUUUACAAUAUUUCGAGUUCAUCUUCAUCGUUGUUGCUAUCAGAAGUGAUGUCAAUAUCUUCUCCUUUGAUUUCAGCCAAGAUAAUCGCAUUAAUUUCCUUUUUAUGAAAUUCUACCUCCUCUUUCUUGUUAAUUUUCUUUAUUCGAAAGUCGUUUUCGAUUAAAUUUGCGUUAAUUUAAGUCACGUUAAUUUCCUAUAAUAAGGUAUACCGGUACUCUGUGGUACCUGCAAUAGGCGUAAGAUAUGCCUGUGCCCCAUAAUAAAAAUUGAAGUGCAACAGAGCCGGUUGUUUAAACGCAUUAAAAAUCUGUUUAAACGCAUACAAAAUGCGUUUCCACGCUUUUCGACGAAGCCGAUUAAACGUGUUAGAACGUUGUUUUCUAAAUUCACCUUAAUCCUCCUUUUCCCAAAUAGGGUCACAUAUUAACCCUUUUAUACAUUGUAAGUCCCAAGAUUGACCAACAUCCAUUUUCUCUGAACAAUAUCACUACAUACUCAAGAGGAAAGGUUAUGAUCUCAAACAUAUGAAAUAAUCACUUAAGGGAUUAUUAAGUGCUUUGAUCUUGCAGUAACAAAUUCUCCUCACUUACUCUGCAAGAAAUGUAUGGGGAACAGUUGAUGGUCUCCUCACUUGAGUUUUUUAUUCAUGAAAAUAUUUUAAACAAAGGUAAACGGGGACCCGAAUUAGAACCUUAACAGCUUAAAGUAGAAAUGGCCAAAGUGAAAAAUUCGGAAACAUUCCAAAUUAUAAUUUUAUCCCUUUAAUUUGUAAAUUCCUACAAAAAUUUUUGUACAUGCAGUGCUUUGUCAUGUUUUCUCUCUGCAGUUUAUUGUUAUGCCAAUGAAGUGAUAUUUUUACUCCACGGUUUUUGGCCAGUGUAUAUUAUUAGUGGAGGUUGAUUAUUUUUGUGCUUAUUUUUAAGACUUAAAAGGUCAACUUAUACACCAGGCCCCAGUUGUUUAAAGGGUGGAUAGUAUUAUCCACUGGAUAAAUCUCUCUCUUUGCUGGAUAAUGCAGUUAUUAUUAAUUUAUUUCUAUAAUACUUAAUAUAUGCUUUAUAAGGAUCAUUACAUUUCUGGGAAACUGCCCACCUACCCCUCCCCUAAGGCAACAUUUUGCCCUAAAUGAGAAGCAAGUGUUAAUGUUGGCUUAGGGGAGGGGUAGGUGGGCAGUUUCACAGAAAUGUAUGAUGGUCCCUUGAUAAUGAUUUACAGUGUAUCUGGUGGAUAGCACCGUUCAUUGUUUGAAUAAUUGGGGCCAGGUUUUUCAUUUGCUAGUUAGACUGACAAAGCAUUGUCAAAAUAAUUAUUGUGAGGAAUUUGAACACAGAUUGUAUACAUGUACACUAUAGUUUGACAGCAGCAAAACAUUGUGAACAAUUGCUUUUUACUUUUGUGAAAUAGUACAGAUGUCUUGUGGAGAGCUGUCCUGAUAGAUUUUCAAGUGAUAAAGAGAGAAAGGUGAUUUAGUAUAAAAGUAUGUUAAAAACUAUCUUAAUGUUUUUUUUGUUUGGUAGCCAAAGGGGUGGCUGUACACAGGCAAGUAUUAAUGGUAAUAAUGUUUUUUGGUAAUUUUUUAUAUUGUUAACUGACUCAUCUCAACAAGUGCACAAAAAAGUACAAAAUAAUAUAUUAUUAAUGAGUGGGACCUACAAUUUACAUGUAUAUUAUAAAUGGACCUCAAAGUGUUUAACAAUUGUCUUGAAAUACAGUCUGUACUGUGUCAAAUGUUUGAUUUUACUUCUCGAACAUGAUUUCCAAACACUCAUUAAACAUCAAUUCCUGCAUGUUUUAGAUAUGAAUAAUAAUGAAUGAGUUUAUUUAGUAAGAAAGAUGGUUUACAAAAUGUACAUGAUAACAUUAUGCGAACUUUCAUAAAUUACUCACACAAACAAACACAAACAAAUUUUAUUAAUAAGCAGGUAAUAUAACAGAAGCAUUGCCUGCAGCUAGCAAGGCUAUUCAAGGUGGGACAGUCUGUGCAAAAUAAGAAAUUUAGAUUAAGGCUAAUAAGAGCGAUCUACACACGUUCGACCAGUGUGCUCUUGGCACAGGUAACCAUUACAGAACUGUGUUUCUUGCCCAUUUUUGGAAGGUAGUGAAAGAAAUAUGAAUCUGAUUCAGAUUGUUUGUAAUCUGUCAACAGGACCAUCUGGUGUCUUUUCACAAGUAUCCCGCGGACUUCAGAUUUAAUCGUCCAAGUAGACAGCAGCGAAAAAAGAAAACUUCAAGGUUUGAACCAAAGCACAGUGUAGCACCAUGAAAUAAUGAAAAUCCUAUUAAAUUCUUCCUAAACUUUCUACUGUAUUUAAAUUAUCUUACUCAAAUAAAGAUUCUAGUUUAAAUAAGAGUAGUUGCCCUCUAGUAGACAGCCUCAGAAAAUGUUGAGUAGGAAACAUGUUCAAGUUUAUGGUUGCAUAAACUGAUAUUAACCCUUUAAGCCCCAAUAUCCACAUACAAAUUCUCCAAACUGAUCUUUAUACAUUUUCUUAAAGAAUAAGUUGAGAGAAUUUGAUGAAAGAUCAAAGCAUUUUCUCUUAGGUGAUCAAUUUAUUAAUUCUCAUAACCAAAUCUCUUGACAAUCAAUGGAUAUGUUUAGGAGAAAAUUGAUGUUGGACACCAUUGGGACUUAAAGGGUUUUAAUAAACCUGAAAAUUAUGCCCUAUGAAAACACACAUAACAGGUGUUUAAUGUCCUUGAUCUAUCCUAAUUGUUUUUGUCGAUGUAACUGUAGUAAGCACGAAGUGAUCGCGAUCUAAAAACUUCCUUUACAGAAGACUACCAUUUAGACAGGCAUUAGUGGGCGUUGCUAUUUGUCAUUAUCAAUUCACAAUAAUCAAAGAAGAAUAAAGAAUCAAUGCAUUUAGUGAUAUGCCGGGUGAGUUGAGAAAGGGUCGAAGAAUAGCCAACAGCAUCUUGGGAAUGAGGCCAAUGUAACUUUGCGCAAAAAUAUCAACCUUGUUCCCAGGUUACUUUCUCACUUUCACACGAUGUUAUAUUUUUGAUGACGUCACCUUUAUUUAUAGGAAGAUUUUUGGUGUCAUUUAAUUUACAAUCUGCAAUCUGUGAUCUGCAGUCUGCAAAUGUCAUACACCGCUGAGCCCCUUGGAGACAGGUUUGGAAAAAUAUCCACUCCAGGGUGUGGAGCCCCAGUCCCACCUGAUCUGUACUCCACUCAGGAGGGCCACCCCUCCUGGUUCCCCUUAGUUCCUGUUGACUGGGGGAUAUGGGCCUCACCCCCAGAGACUGAUCAGGACUCCUGUCCAGGGUGGCUACCCCCAGUACCACUCAAUCUUGUCUCCCCCCUUGUCUCCUGGUCCCCUUACCCCUAUAUUUAAGUGCUUCCCUGCCACCAGAAUUUUGCCCAUUACUUUUUGUGUGUUUUCUGUGUGGUACCUGGCAUAGAACCGUUAUGCAAAAUCAAUGCCAACUGGAAGAGUUUAUUGAUUUAAAAUUUAUUACAGUUUAGCCUAUUCCAGGCAUUCAGAUCGUAGGGAGUGGCUCUCCCCAGCAUUCUCUCUGUUUUUCCUUGCUUUCUUUACUUUGGCUGGCCCCUUACUGUCUGAAUGCAUGGAACAGGCUAAUCGGCCAGUUUUAAAUUGCCUCACCAUUUGAAACUGCCAAAUUAUACUUUUUAUUCCAUUUUGAUGUAGUUCCCCUUCCUCUGAAGAACCUAUGGAAACGUCCUCAGCUUCACAGGUAAUAAUUAUAAUAAUAGUGAUACUACUGCUAAUAAUAAUAACAACAAUAAUAAUAAUAAUGGUAAUAAUAACAACAGCAACAACAACAAUAAUAAUACCGUAAUAAUAACAAUAAUAGUAGUUUGUAGUAUUACAAAAAAUAAAUGUACAUUGUAUUACAGUCAUUUAUUAUUAAAAUGUACUUGACAUCCCAGUGGAACACAAACUAAAUUUAAAGUUGAAAAGGAUAGAAUAUUAUGUCCUGAUAGGUGGAAUAAUAUUAGCCUACAAUCUUGGACAAAACUGUUGAGAAAAUUGUAUACUUGGACAGCAUUUUUCUAAACAUCGUAGCUGUACCGGUUCUUCCCUCUCCCCCUUCCCCUGAAAGCAAUGUUGUUGUGUAUUCAAAAGAAAGCCUGAUCCCUGGACGUUUGUGGGAAGCAACAUUGAAUUGGGGGAAGGGGUUUUCUUUCCGCAAAGGCGUCAUUUCGGAAAUAGUUUAGUUGUGUAGGAAAGUGGACAUGAUGGGGAAAACUUUCUCAAGUAGUUUUGUCCAGGAUUGUAGCAUUGUAAAAUAAUCAGUGUUUUUCACUUUUCAGGUUUUCAGGGCUUCAAGUGUCCCUAUAUUUCCUUUAUUUCCUAUAUUUUUAAACUUUCCUGAUAUUUCCCUAUUUUAGUUUGUAAAUGCCCUAUAAUCCCUAUAAUUCCAUCAGAAGAUCAAAAUAUUAUGAAGUUCACGAACUUCUGUUGGUGGAAUGUGACAAAGACAGUGAAUUUUUCGGACCACCUGAGACCAAACUGGCAAUAAUUUUAUUAUUAGUUCAUGUAAAUGUACUUGAUUUGAUGCUGUUCCGAGCAAUGAUUCUUUAUCGAGACAUUGUCCGGAAUGCAGCAGAAGCAUGCAGCAACUUUGCGUGCACUCAUUUUUCAAACGGAAGAGGAUCGAUCAAUAAUUGGUUGCUCUUAUAGUAGCCAGUAGGAAAAUAAGAAUUUCCAAUCUGUUAUGAGGUAUCUCUAAUAAUGUGCAAGGAUAAAGCUCAGUCUGACCGUAACGACUGUAAGAUUCUCAAGAAUAAUGUUGCUCCUUUAAUUGCUGAACACAAAGCCAAUGCUGCAACUGAUGAGGUUCACAUAGAGAACCAAAACUGUGGCCUUGCCUGAUCAGAAAGUGGCAUUUGUGGUUAACACAAUGGUCGCAAGCUGUCAAGCUAUAAAAUUCAAAAGGAAUUACAUAUAAAAACAUUGUGCUCCACUCUAGUCUAAAGACUCGCAGUAUGUCUACAAAAAAGUGGAGGGUUUCAGUCGUCAAAGACAAUUCUCCAUACUUGCUAGUUGGUGUAGCUUCAAGCUUAAUCUGUAAUUCCUUCUUUUAAAUUCUACAUUCUACAAGCAUCUCUAAAACUCUGGGCCCAGCACCACAAAAAAUAACAGCGAGUCAUUGCAUUAAUGGACAAAACAACUCUACAUUCAAGCAUUUUGGAGAUUAAAAUGUAUUGUGUUCCUUCCUUCUGCAGAGUUGCAAAACUGAUGCUGGAAAAAAAGAUGCUUUAAAAAUCCCUAUAUUUUCCCUAUUUUUUUACCAUUUUCCCUUUAUUGGCCCUAUAUUUUUUAAAAAUUGCCCCUAUAUUAAGCCCUAUAUUUUUGCUUGAGAACAAUUGAAGCCAUGGGUUUUCUUCUGACCUAAAAGUGGAAAUUUAUUUUUAUUUUACCUGAUUCAGCUGAGAAUGUACAUGUAUCACCCAAUGCUUUGUAGGAGACCCUUAAUUUUAAUAAAAAGGGACUCCUUGGUGAACAAUGAUCUUGUUCCUCUCAGCUGAUAGAUUUCACUUUCCGUCUUUACUUGUAGGAAAAAGAGCCAAGUUCAGCCAGUCCAAACCCAAAACAAAGGUAGAAUUGUGUGCAAAAUUUUGUUCAGUUGGUAUGAUUUACAGCCCUUAAUUAUUAAAGUUCGAGUCUAAUCCUUGACUGUUACUAUACACUGAAGUGGCCUUUAGCAACUUCUGAUAAUUAUAGUCUUUUAGAAUUAAUUCUGGUGCCAAAUUACCUUGUAUUACUAGUAAUAUUGACUUGUAAAUUUGAGGGACAAUUUGACAAUACAAUGUAGAUCAAUUUGGGCCUGUUCAGUAUUGUUUUUAAUGUGCAAACGUUACAAAUGUACUUAUGAUUAAUUUGUGAAUGUAAUAUGUGUAUAUUGCAUCUUGUUUUAUUCCUUACGAGGCAAAUCUUUGAAUUACUUCCAGACUUCCAAGGACAAUAUGUUUUGGUAGAGGAUCAACCAAGGCUUUCCAGAGAAAUAUUCCCAAGAAAAGUAAGAAAAAGGCCAAAAGCAAUCAACAAGAAAAUGGAGCAAAGAGCAAUUCCGCUGAGGUGUGUUUUAAUAGUAAUGCCAAACUUCUAUCUAACUGGGAGUGACUACUUUGGGAUGCUGAAAAUUCUACUCAGCUAG